AGUAAGACAUGUUAAUCUGGGCUGCGUGUUCCUCAGGCUGGUGCGGCGUGUGGACCGCAUGGAGCACUCCAUCGGCAGCAUCGUGUCAAAGAUAGACGCCGUGAUCGUGAAGCUGGAAACGAUGGAGAGAGCCAAACUCAAACGCAGAGACGUGCUGAGCCGACUGCUGGACGGAGUCAUGGAGGACGAGCGUCUGAGCCGGGACACAGACGUCCACAGGGAGCAGAUGGAGCGGCUGGUGAGGGAGGAGCUGGAGCGCUGGGAGUCUGACGACGUGGUGUCUCAGGCCAGCCACGCUCAGCCCGCCACCCCCAGCGGCCCCCGCCCCCGCCCCCCCUCCUCACUCUCCACCGACGGCCUCGACGCCAGCACCAACGCGAGCGGCCAUGUGUGAGAAGUCAGCCUGAUGGAAGGAAGAACAGCACUCCUCUGGAAACUCCCCUGCACAAGCAACCAAGACAUUUCCUCACAUAUUACAAAGGAGGUGACAAAAUCAAAAAUGCACUGAAAGAGAGUGAGGCCCUCCUGUGAGACAUCUUAAAGUAUUCACUAAAGCUAAUAUGAAGUAUUACUUAAACAGGAUGAUGAAGGGACAUGUGUGAAAGAGGUCAAAUAGUGAAGGAUUUACAGUACAGUGUUACAUUGCAGUAAAUAUUAUACCGCGGCCUGCCAGCAUGCUCAGAUGUACUCAGAAUACGCAGCGUAUGAUUUUAGUAUCACAUGAGAAAUAUGCUCACCUGCUUUUGAUUGCUGUAUCCACACAUCUUAGCAUUUACACAAAUACCAAAAAAUCGUGCUAAUUCUUUUUUCAUCGUUUUAAUACACAGUAGGUACAAGUGUGGCACGUUCUGUCAUAUUCACUCAUCCUCUGUACAUCAAUUAAGCUUCAAAUCUAAUAGCUUAUUAUCACUUUAUGAUACAUAUUGUAACUUAAAACAAACUUCGAUUUGGAGUGCAUUUAGUGUUCAUGGGAAACCCAUGCAUUCAUUAUUGUUUUUCUCUGUGCCUUACUUUUUUUUUUUACAAUCUAUUUCUUUUUUUUAAUCUAUUAUAAUGCCAAUAAAGUGUUAUUAAAAUACAG